CAGGUGAGUGAGAGUCAGAGCUAAUUAUAAACGUGACUCAAGUAAGUCCAGAGGAGCUGCUGCUGCGUUUAAAUCUAACAGAAAGUUGAUUGUGUAAAGGAUAACUCACACCGGUGGGGAAACACAUACCGGUUCACCUUCAACAUCAAAAAAUUAACCAGUUUUGCUCAUCAUGAGGGAAGAUGCGGCUGAAAAUAUCGAGGGAGGGGACGGACACGGAGAGGCGACAACAUCAGAAACUGCAUCUGGAGAGAGACGACGUAGUAUCGUGGAACUGCAGAAUAUGCUGAGAAGAGUUUCCCAGAGUCCUUUCCAUAAUCAGUACAAGGGUGGUGAGUGGUCAGCUGCUGCUACAGAUGUGACAGACAACGUUGAACCACAGAGGAAUGGAGUCAAUGGGAGUUCUUCCAGGAUGAACCCUUUCUAUGCAUAUUACCUGAAUAAUGUUGUGCUCCACUAUCAGGAAAACAAAGGUGACAUAACAGAGGACAAAAGAAAGAAAACUUCGGAGAGCGUCGACUGGGAUUCCAUGUUUGUGCCUCCACCUGACUUUCAGAACUCUCCUCUGGAUCUUCCCUCUGAAAAUAAGACUGAGGAAAAUGGAGGCAUGUUUCCUGAACCCAAGAACAACCUGUUCAAAAGCCAAAAUGACAACAAUGACCAAGACCUCUUCCACAGAUCAGUACCAAGUCAUAAUGCAACUGCUAAUGGUUUUCAUGAUGUGACCCUGAACUCUCCAAACUUAUUUAAAGCAAGUCCGGCUCAUGGGCAGAACCUCUCUAAGAGUUUUCCGUCCAGAAGCUCUGACCUUUUUAAAGGCGAAGAGGACGAUCUUUUCCAGGCCGUUAAAAAUGAAGAUUUAUUCGAAACUGCCUGGGCUAAGAAGGCAGGAACUUUUGAUAAACCUGCCAGUACAUUUGUAGACCCAUUCACAUCUCCUUUAAAUAAGGAGGAUGAUCUGUUCCAGACUCCAAAAUCUGCUGUGGCAAAUUCAUUUUAUACUGCCACUGAGAAGGUGGAUGAUCUGUUUCAGUCACCACAGCCAUUUUACACUGCCCCAACCAAAGAAACUGAUUUAUUUCAGGCAGAUUCAACAAAGGAAGACAGACAAGAUACUAAAGAGAAGGAACUUGUUGGCUUGUCUUUUAAAGAAAAUUUGAGCGCAUUUUCCACUUCAUCGACGAAUUCAGUUGAUCCAUUCGCAAGCCCGAUCACAAAGGAUUUAUUCCAAGAUGUCUCCAGUUUGGGUGACCCAUUUGGUUCCACUCCCUUUACAAAAUAUGACCCUUUCCAGGACGUUUCUAGUGGGACCCCAGACAUUUUUCAGCGACUUCCAUCACGGAGAAAGGCCUCCAAAAAUAUUGCCUCAAAUUCCUCAUACUCUUCUCUUAACAGUCCUUCAGAAUUGAAAUUGGAUGUGCCAGACGCAUCAUCUUCACAUGUAUUUAAAAAAUCAAAAGCUCCGCCACCAGUUCCACCAAAGCCUUUCCAAAAGCCACAAGAGAUUACCUUGACAACUCCUCAGGGAACCAAGCAUGACAUUCUUCAGCCGACCCCCAUCAUUCAGGCCGGGGAUCUGUCUGACUCACCCGGCCAAUCUCCAAGUAGAAUGAACAACAUGCAGUCUUUUAAACGUCCGCCGAAGCCGCUUCCUCGAAUUCGACAUCGAAGGCCGGAACGGCCACCACAGCCAGAAAAGCCACCAAAACCAGAAAUUGCACCACAGUUGGAAUCCCCUAGUGAACCUGAACCAAGUGUACCGAAGGUCUCUCCCAAACCAUCCUUCAAAAAUCUAAAACCGAUUACUCGCCGUAAACAAAAAACUCCGGAAAUGAAAUCAGUGGAGCCUGAGAACUAUGUUGUCUUUGAAGACAUCCUGCUUAUUGGGCAGGAAAGGUGUGUGGAAGACUGGCCUGAUGACAGUCCUCAGCUAGACCCAAACUUCAAACCUUCAGGAACACUGAGACUGCGAAGGGAGUCGCUGAAGGCAAUGGCUGAUUCUGAUGGAGGAAGUAGUGAAGAUGGGAGUCUCAGCAAGAGCAAGAAAAAGAACAAGACAUUCAGAAUGUCCCACUUGUCCAGGAGAGGGUCAAAGAGCAAGUCUCCUGAUGACAUAAAUAACGGGAAGAGCAACACGCCGCCCCUCACGAGUAAAUCAUCCAAGGAACAGUUUUCAGAGCUGCACAUGUCUGCAGAAGAGCUUGAAGAUAACAAGGAGAUGGACUACAAAAAGAAAACUGUGAAGCCAAAGGUUAGUCACCUGUUUAGGAGACCAUCUGCCAAUUCUCCUGUGAUGGAGGAAAAGGACAUGAAUGGACAUUCACCUUAUGCAUCAAAGGGGGCAGCUUUGGAGCAAAGCAGUGGUGAAGAGGGGGAAGAAGGGGAAACUCACGGAGAGAAAACCAAAAAGUCAUUGAAAGUGAAGUUUGUGCCACGCAGAGGAUUCGUCAUUGCUCCAGUUAAGACAAAUGAUGAUUCAAAGGGAGCUCAUGGUUAUACACCUCAUAAAGGCUCAAAGGAGAAAUCACAUGACGGAGCUUUUGGUGCACAUGGCUACACACCUGAUAAGAAGACCAGCUGGUGUGCAGAGGAGCUAGAAAGUGAAGAGCUACAUGAAAUGGAGGACUGCAAACCGAAAAAAUCCAAACCUAAACCUCCCCGUCCUGUGCCACGAAAACCUAAGACAGCCAAGGGACAGAGCGAGCCAAUCGGAUUCAGCUACCACACACCCCAGCAGGCAUCAAGUAAUGUGUUUGCCGAGGACUACACGGCAGACAGAGAUUUCAGGAGUCCCGGAGAGAUGUAUGAUGAAGAUGAACAAGAUGAAGUGGACUUCUACAAACUGAAAAAGACCUCAAAACUUCCAAAGUCCCCCAAAAAAGUUCCCAAAAAACUGAAACGCAAGGGCAAAGUCACACAUGCAGAGAGUGAAGAUCCACCAGGAGCUAGCAACUACCUAUCAGAGGCUGCUAGGGCAGAGUGGCGGGCUGCUCAGAUGGAUGAGCAGGCUUUGGCAGAAAAUGAGACUGAAGAUGAUGAUGGGGACACUGAUAGUUUGAUGGAGUGGUGGAACACAGUGGAGCAAUGGGACGAGGUGGCAUCAGACGAUGAGGAGAUAGUCAUGAAAGAUGACUCCAAGUCGUUCACCAUAUUGGCAGACAAGGUUCAUCGAGGCCUGCGUGUAUUCAACAAGGUCUUCACAGAGCGAGCUGAGGUCCUUUGGCAGGACAUCAUCAAGCUCCACGCCAUUGCUGAUGACAUCAACGAGUUCCACCAGAAAGCCAAGAUUGCUGGCAUCACUGGUGGCACCACCACAGCUGUGGGCGGUGUGACAGCUAUUGCUGGCUUAGCUCUGGCACCCUUCACUUUUGGUGCCUCUCUGGUAAUUACAGCUGUUGGUGUGGGUGUGGCGGCAGCUGGAGGAAUAACUUCGGCCUCUGCAGCCAUCUCGGACAAUGUUAACAACAUGCAGGACCAGAAGAAGGUUGAGAUAGUGCUGCAAGAGUAUGAGACUCACCUGCUGGACAUCAACAAAAUCCUCCACUUUGUCAAUGAGGGCUUGUACAAACUGCGAGGCCAUCCGUUUCUCAGGUCUGGCACCCAGCAUUACUCAGAGGACUGGGAGAUCCGCAGGGCCGUCCAAAUGAUAAGCUUGGUCGACUCCCCCGUGAUGCGAGCGACGGAAAUAACUGACGGAGCGGUGGCCUCAGUGCAAGGACUCUUUAAAGGCAUGGAUAAGUACUUCACCAAGGACUCCAGGGAGCUGAAGAAAAGCUGCAAGACGGAGAUGGUAGCUAGACUAAAACAAGUUGCAGCUGUGCUCAAUGACACAAUAGUGGAACUUAACACCAUCAGAGAGGAGCUUCAGGAGACCACUGGAAGUAUUUGAGCAACUCCAGCACAUUGCUACUCAUCUAUAAAAGAUUACCAACACCCUCUCCUGGCUCAGUGAUGGAACUGUUGAUUCAUUUUGCACCUGCCAUUAAAUAUGAAGUUUCAGACUGGUUUAUUCUAUUCGAGGUGCUUCGAGUAAAUUACAACUGUGCUGCAAGGAAUGCAACACAUGUGACGCUUGUAAUGAUCACUUUGGCUGCAGACAAUACAAUGCAGUUUCAUGAUUGACUUGAUUUCAUGAUUAAAAUGUUUGCAGUGGAAGUAUUAGUAGUAUUGUGUUUGGUAAAUUUUACUCUCGCAACUAUUUUUUUAUUAUCUGUAAGAUCAACUUUAGUAAUUGAAGAGCUGAACCCAUUUUAAUUGUUUAGAGAAAAUGUGACAGUGCUUCAUAUUCACAAUCAAAGAAAUGUUUGGGUAAUUUAUUGAAUAUGUUAAUUUAUUUUUAAUAUAUCAUUGUACUGCUCUCCUAAAAACAAGCCUAAAGUUUAUAAAGAGAAAUAACCCAUUUGCAUGCGCAUUAUGAUGAUUUUUUUUUAUUAUAAUUUUUUUUUAUACUGGUGAUGUGUCACUAUAAUGCAGCUUUUAACUGGUAUUUUUUUUGUUUGUUGUUGAAUUAUAUUACAUGGCAUGGAUUUGAGAUGCUCUGUGCUGCAAGAUAUAUUAUAGAUUCAUAUAGAUUUUACUUUGUUACUUUAACAUUUUCCUUUUCUGACGAGUUAUUCUGACUCUGUACAUAGAGCAACCCUUUUUCUUCCUUUUUUUGGUAAUCUGAAUGAGCCUCUAUAUUAACUGCUAUAUUGAACCUGACUAUGAAUAAAGGAAGGCUUUAGUUUGUGAAUCUUCCUGCAUUAGUUUUAACCUGAGUAAGAUGUAUUUGUCAAGACAGUGAAAUAAAGAAAUAUGCUCGUGUAACACUGAA